GCUUCCACUUCUAUUUCAAUCUUGCGUUCGUUUAGUCUGUGAAUAUUUGUUGACAAGAUGCAAUCUCUAAAAAAACUUUUGAACAUUGGAAAUCUGUACAUGUUUUUCUAUAUGUUUUGCACCUUUAAACGCUCAAAAUUUAUUGGUCAAUUACAUUGGAUUAUAUUGCUACCAUUAUCCAUAAUAUGCACCAUUUUAUUUUGCUUAUUGCUCAUUAUAUUAGCGAUUUACUACGAAAUUAUCAAUUUCGUGUUGAACUUAAAGCACGGGGAUGAUUAUUGCGGGAUUAUGGAUGGAUCCGAUGUAAUUUGGGUCGUUGAAGAAGAGACCUUUUCGUUAAUCAAAAUGCUCUUCAUGGUCGAUGCAAAAGAUGGGGAAGGCUGUGAACCACUUUUUGAAUUCGUGAAAAGAACCUACGAGAAAAUCGCCAAAACGCACAAUAAGAUGAGCUGCGUUCGAAGAUAUUUCAUGGGUUACGUGUAUUUCCUCAAAACGCAAAUCAACAUCCAUGAGCAUGUAAAGUAUUUGGAAGACUACAAGGAUGUGGAAGGAUUUAACUUACUGAUGGAUAAGUUGAGUGACUCCCCUUUACCAGCUGGGAAUACGGCUCUGUGGGAAGUGUAUGUUGGAAGGGUUCCUUUAAAAUGGGAAAAUAAUGGAGGUAAAGUUCAGUAUCCAAUUUUAAUGAAGUAUCAUCACAGUAUUGGCGACGGAAUGUCAUUAAUAACUUUGAUAACAACAAAUUUAAUUAAUAAUGGGGUGAAUAGCAUGAAAGAAAACUGCAAAAAUUACAGUAAUAUCCUUAAAAAGUCGGACUUGAACAAUUCGAAACCUACUUUCCUGGAGAAUGUAAAGAAAUUGUUCUAUAAAAGUUACUAUAUUUCAUAUUUCGGUCCACUGGAUGACAGUGAUGAAAACAUUCUGCACGAAAAACACUUGAGUCACCAAAAGCACGUCUGCUACUCCUUGGAGAAAGAGACCACAAAUUACGUGGAGAAAGUAAAGUCUAUUAAGAAUCGAAUUAAGGGAAUUUCUUUUAAUGAUGUAAUCCUGUCAGCGUUUUCCGCGAGUUGUGCCGAUUAUUGCAUGUCUCUCGACGAGAAUCCUCCGGAAAAUAUUCGUUUCGCAUUACCGUAUUAUAUAGCUUCGACCAACUUCAAUAGCUUAGUGACUACUGGUAUCAAUGGAGAAAUCGUUACAAACUUGAAGAACAACUUUACAUUGGGUGUACAAAACAUCCCUAUCAAAGACAAGGACAUCGCCAGGAAUAUGGUGGACAGAUUAAUGUGCAUCAAUCAGAAUUCGCAAACUUCCAAAGACAGUUUAGAUUUUCUGUUUAAUAAUUGGCAAAUGAAUGUCUGCGCGAGUAUUGCUCCGUUUUUUGUGAUAGAGAAAAUGGCGAAAUUGAAUCAUAACACGGUAGUUCUGACCAAUUUUCCAGGAAUCCAAAGUUUUAAUCUCGCCAGUGGCCACAGGAUUAGAGACAUUGUAGCCUGGGCUCCACACUUUUUGAAAUGCGGUAUCACCUGCACAAUAUUUUCGCACGACGGAUUCUUUCGAUUCGGAUUAAUAGUAGACAAAGAGAUUAUAAAGAAAAGAUCAGAAGUGCAGGAAAUUUGCGAUAACAUUUUCAAAUACAUCGAUUUGUUGGACACAAUGACCAGGACGGCUUAUGAUGAAAAUUAAAUUUAUGUAGCCGACAACUAGAUUUAGGACAUUGAUUUUAGCAUGGAGAAAUU